AUGCUUCUCGAACCAAGGGCCGUCACUUGCGCAGCCCCCGCGGAGUUGGACACCGACCCCAUUCGUGACAGAGACAGUGGGAGGCGGCUGGCACACUUGUAUGUUUUACAAUUGAAUCCGUCGAAGCUUGAAUAUGAUCCAAAACAUGAUCUAUCUGCUAAUCUAUACCGCACUACAGAUGAUAUAUUUUCUCGAUUAAUGAAGGAACGCAUCAUCUGCCUUAACGGCGAAGUCGACGACACCCUCUCCGCAUCGAUAGUCGCACAACUCCUCUUCCUUGAAGCCGACAAUCCUGCCAAACCAAUCCAUCUUUAUAUCAACUCACCAGGAGGCUCAGUAACAGCCGGCCUCGCGAUCUACGAUACAAUGACAUAUAUCGCCUCUCCCGUGAGCACAAUCUGCGUUGGUCAAGCCGCCUCAAUGGGAUCUCUUCUUCUUGCCGGCGGCGAAGCAGGCAAGCGUUACUGUCUCCCGCACUCCUCGAUCAUGGUGCACCAGCCCUCGGGCGGCUACUUCGGACAGGCGUCCGACAUCGCUAUCCAUGCAAAAGAGAUCCUGCGUGUGCGCACCCAGCUCAAUGAGAUCUACCAACGCCAUCUUACUGGCAAGAAGCAGUUGUCUCUCGAUGAGAUUGAGAAACUUAUGGAGCGCGACUACUUUAUGGGUGCUAAAGAGGCACUCGAGCUGGGUGUUAUCGACGAGAUUCUGGACCGUAGAGUUCAGGGGAAGGAUGGCGCUGGGGAAGAGUCUAAGCCUCCUACUGCAUAA